UUUGGCUGGCUUUCUUUCUCUUUCUUCCUUCUCUUGGUGGGUUCAAAAUUAUACGCAUCAAGUUUCAACCUUAUGAACAUGGAUGUGUGCCAAAAUGUAUCAGUUUCCAGUGAGUGCCAGCAAGAGCAAGUCCUUGCCCCUUCUUGCUCAAGCAGCCUUGAUGACCUCUUCUCAGCUCAGAAUACGGAAGUGGAUGUUGGGUUGGAAUGGCUUUCAGUUUUUGUUGAAGACUGUUUUUCCAGCCCUCCAAGUUGUGUCUUGGUACCUGCUAGUGUUCAGACAACAAGCACAAGCUCAAAACCUUUAGGCACAUUGAAGAGACCUCAACAAAACGAGUCUUCGUUGCAAAAUUUUGUGGUGCCCGGUAAGGCCAGAAGCAAAAGGAAAAGGCUUUCAGCCCCAAGAACCAAAGACCCUUUAAGCCUCUGGUCACACCAUUUGAACCCACAAAAUGAAGCCUUGAGUUCUGACCCUCCGCUUCUCAAACAGGCUUAUUGGUUGGCUGAUAGUGAACUUAUUGUGCCUAAAGAAAAGGAUGAGCAAGAGGUGACAACAAAAGAAGAUGAAGUGGUGGAAAAAGGGACUAGGAGCAAGGAAAGUUUUGAUGACUCUGAGUUUGAGAUUAGCAAUGGUCAAAAUCCAAUGCCAAGAAGGUGCACCCAUUGCUUGGCUCAAAGGACCCCGCAAUGGAGGGCAGGACCAUUGGGUCCAAAGACACUCUGCAAUGCAUGUGGAGUGAGGUACAAGUCUGGUAGGUUGCUACCAGAGUAUAGACCUGCCAAGAGUCCUACUUUUGUGAGCUAUUUGCAUUCCAAUUCCCACAAGAAAGUCAUGGAGAUGAGGAUGGCUGUUAUGUCUUCCAUUUCUAGUGAGCAGUAGUGGUUACCAUAUAUUUUCAUGUAAAUUAAACUUCAAAUUUUAGGAACAAACUAUUUGCAAACAGAGAUACUAUUAAGGGGAAUUAUUAAUUAUUAGUGCUAUGAUUGAUUAUAGGCACAUUUAUAUCACUUGAUCUUCCAGCUUCAUUUUGUCCUUCUUCCCCUUCUUUGGAGCUAUAUGCAUUGCACUUUCAUAAAUA